UUUUUUUUCAUAGGUUAUGCAAUUGCUAAAAAAAUUAUCAAGUUGAUUAAUGAUGUUGCAUUAGUAAUCAAUAAUGAUACACAUAUUGGCAAUCGAUUAAAAUUAUUAUUUGUAAAAAAUUAUCGAGUAACAGCAGCUGAAUAUAUUAUUCCAGCUGCUGAUCUUUCAGAACAAAUAUCAUUAGCAGGAACAGAAGCAAGUGGUACAGGCAAUAUGAAAUUUAUGCUCAAUGGUGCAUUAACUAUAGGAACAUUAGAUGGAGCAAAUAUUGAAAUGUGUGAAGAAUGUGGAGCUGAAAAUAUGUAUACAUUUGGAUUUACUGUUGAAGAAGUACAACAACGACGACAACAAGGCUAUGAUCCAUAUGAAAGUUUGAAAAAUGAAGAAUUACGUCUUGCUGUUGAUCAAAUACGUGAUGGAUAUUUUUCACCUGAUGAUCGAUCACGAUUUCAUGAUAUUAUUAGUACAUUAUUAACUGGUGGAGAUCAUUGGAUGGUAUUAGGUGAUUAUCAAGCUUAUAUUGAUAAACAAUGUGAAGUAUCACGAGAUUUUCUUAAUCAUCAAAUAUGGUAUUCAAAAUGUAUUUAUAAUAUUGCAGCAGCUGCUAAAUUUUCAUCGGAUCGAACAAUUGAAGAAUAUGCAAAAGAUAUUUGGCAUUGUACAAUGCAUAAAAAUGGAAGACCAGAUAAUAUCAAAGAAGAAUGUUCGACAAUGAAUCAUGAAGAACUUUCACAUCAUAAAAGCAAUGAUUCACUUACUUGA